CCCAAGGCACGCCGGCCGUAGAGGAACUCAUAAGAAGCCCCGCGCCGGCCGGGGCCCGCAGACUCAGACCGCAGCGCCCCGAUCCGACAGACGCCGCCGAGGAAGGAGACCUCUCUGCCGACCCCGACGACAAAUCACUUUCGCAAGACAUGGCUGACGGCGUGUUCCGCACCCGCUCCCUGGGGCUGCCCGUGGAGGGCGUGCGCGACCAGUACGCCGACGGGCGUGCCGCCAAGGUGUGGGAGGUGUUCAUCGGGGACAAGAAGUCCCGCACGCGCCACUACAAGGACUUCCUCGUCGGCCUGCUCCGGCGGCAGGGCUGCCGCAGGAUCCUGGACGUGGCUGCCGGCACCGGGAUCGACUCGGUGAUGCUGCUGGAGGAGGGCUUCCAGGUGGUGUCCGUCGACGCGUCCGACAAAAUGCUGAAGCACGCCCUCAAGACCCGCUGGGAGAGGCGCAGGGACCCUGCCUUCGACAACUGGGUGAUCGAGGAGGCCAACUGGCUGACGCUGACGGACGACAUCAGCGAGCACAUCGGCGAUGGCUUCGACGCCGUCAUCUGCCUCGGCAACUCGUUCGCGCACAUGAUGGACAACACCGGCGACCAGAAAGAGCAGAAAAUCGCGCUCUCCAACUUCGAGAAGUGCGUCCGGCCCGGCGGCCUGCUGCUCAUCGACCACAGGAACUUCGACCACAUCCUGGACAACGGCUCCACGCCCUCCAAGUCCAUCUACUACAACUGCAAGCACACCACGGACAUCAGGACGUCCAUCCUGUACGUGGGCACCGAGCCGGCCAUCGUCACCAUGGACUACCUCAUCGACGUGUCCGACCUCCAGGACAAGGACAGCCGCCGCAUCGAGGAGGGAGUCAGUGAAUUCCGGCUGUGCUACUACCCCCACCGUUUGAAGAGGUUCACCCAGAUGGUGGACAGCGUCUUCCCCUACGGCAGUGAACACAUUAUUUCCGCAGACUUCAAACAGUUGGAAGAAGUUGAAGAUCCAGCCUUUUAUAUUCAUGUGAUGCAGAAAGCUGGAUAAUCUAUUCGCAUCUGUGAUUAAGUUAAGCAAAAAAGUUAUGAUAAUGUGAUAUGUUUCUAGUUAAUGUUAUUUGUAAGAAAAUACUUUCUCUUUUGUAAUGCAAAUUUAAUUAGAACAUCAGUACCUGU